CCACACAACACCGAUAUAAAAGAAGCUGCCUUGGUAGUCCGUCUCAUGUCGAAACUGCCGUCGUAGUCUUUCUCGUCUCUUUUGACCUAAAUCAUGGACUAGAUCUAGCUCAAAGAGAUACUCCGCACCAUCCUCUCACGCUGAAGCAGCUGAUGAGGCUACAGAUCCUUUGAAAAUCGGUCCAAUACAUCUGAAUCGAGAGACCAGAACCCUAACAUCAAUAUUAACAUCGAUCAUCCCUCUGUUCACUGGGAAAUCAUGACUUCUUUUGCUGCGAUUUCGAACUUUGUUAUACAAUGUCACGAGAGGGCAGGGGCAGAAGAACACCUUGAGAGUUACUUUCAAGGUCUGAGUCAGGACGUUUGCAACAAAUGGAACUUCCAUAACGCCAGCUUGACAGAAUUUCUUUCUACUUGGAGAGAAAGGAGGCAAGACAUAGUUCCGACACCUGUUGACCAGCCAGAAGAUUUGGAAUCUUCUUGGGCUAUAAGCUUAUCUACAGCCCAAUCUGCCUUGGUUAAAUUAGAGAACUCUGAUAGAGCACUUUUAACUACCAAGAUGCUCCUGGAAGGUGUCCCUAUUCAUUAUCAAUCCGAAACUUGUGCGGUAGAUCGUCUAGAAGAUGUAAGAUCUUUCAUGGUUGAAGGAAAUUAUGUGAGGCAGAUGGUCGUUCACCACAGGCCAAGAGGAAAUGAUGAAGAUGAUCAAAACAAGUUUGAGAGUCUAAUUGAAUAUCUGUUAGUCAGAGGACCGGUGGUAGCAUCUUUUGACGUCUUUCCGAGCUAUGACGAAGAGUUCACGUUAAACAUGGGACAAGGAAUAUUCAAGCCAACACCUGACGAGCAUCAUAUGCGUGCAUAUCAAACAUUUCCGAGGCAUUGUAUCGUUUUGUUUGGGAAAGGAGUACAAGUGCAGGGCUCAGAUAUCCAAGAAUUUUGGGAAGGGCUUGAAAGCCGUGGGGAGGAGUUUGGAGACGAGGGCUUCGUUCGAUUGGCUCGGCAUCACUGUGUAAUCAGAGAAGUUGUGGAGUUGAAGGUUUGAUCAAGAUCUCAUCAGUGGCAUCAUUAUCUAUCCAAAACUUCAUUAUCUAUCGUUUCUUUAAGUUGACUAUCUUAACGUAUCUGUUACUUCUUCUGUAUGUGAACUUUCUUAAUGUAUCUGUCACGCUAGUUAAUUUGAAUCGACUGUUAAGCAGACAAUUGUUCCCUUAUUAUGUAAUAUUUGGUGACAACAAUUUGCAAGGCUUUUCUUUUUUAUCA